AAGUGUUUAAGAGCCACAGGACAUUACGCCCACAACCCGGGACAGAAUCCGGAAGUGGAUUUUCAUUGCGCUUUUCGGAUUGGUCGCUUGUGUCACAUGAGCAUUCUCAGCAUGGAGAGUGAAGAGUACGAGGAAUGGAUGUUGGAGUCUAUUCGCCUCUACAAGGAUCUACAUGACUUUGAGCUUCAGGGUCCCACAAGAGUUGUUGAGUGGAUAGGGGAUAAAAGUAUCUGUGUAGCAGGAUAUGACAGUGCCAAGAGAAAUGAAAUCCUACAGCUGCUCAUUCCACAGAAACUGCACGCCAAAGAGAAUCCGGGUUUGUGCCCAGAAAGAGAUUUGAAGGUGGAACAUGGAGGAUUUAUUGAUGAGCCUGUGUACAGCCUGAAACACAUUCCUCAGAGCAGUCUGAUAGUGACGAGUGGGCCGGCGUCUUGUCCUCUGUGGGUUUGGCAAAUAGGCCCAGAAGAUAGAGACGUCAUUCAACCCAUCAGCACCAUCCCUUCUGAAGCUGGGAAAGGAACCUGGACACGAAUUGCCACUACGACCUCUGCAUCUCCCCAGAUUCUACAUGGGUCCCAGGCCGACAGCAUCCGACUUACAGACAUCAAAUCCACAAAACAGAUUCACACUUUAGGUGUGUCCGGGAGUGAUGGCGUCAGCACCCUCUGUUUUCUGGACUCUCGCACAGUGUUUGUUUGCUGUAUGAAUGGAAGGCAGUUCAUUGCGGAUAUACGAAUGCCGGGGGCCGCUAGUGAGGGGAGUGUGGGUGAAGAGGGGCUUUCUUGUGUCACCUGGUGUUCAGCAGUUCAUCCCUCAAAGGAAGAUGUUUGUUCCACAGUUGCAAGUGUUUCAUCUGAAGGUCACAUGUGUCUUACCGACCCCCGAAACCUUAGUGUCCCUCUUAAAUGUGCCACGUGGUGCACUCCUAUUCCUGCUGCUUCGGAACAGCUUCUGAGCAUCUGCUGGGCCCCUGCAUUGUCCGACUGCAUCUCAGUGUCAGGCUUCGGGGGCUCGGUGCAAAUCUUUGACACAAAACGGUGGGAUUCUGCUAUGAAAGAAAGAGAGGCCGUAUUUAUACACAAAGGGCACUCGGUCAUGGGAACAUGUGAGGAUGGAAGGGAGCCGACUGUUACAGCACAUGCGUGGCACCCGUGGAAAGAAAGAACUGUUCUAUCUGCAGCCAGCGACGGCUCUUUACAUGUCUGGAACUGGUCAGACUUACCGGAGCAUGAUGGAACCGAGCUCUGACCUUUACUCCAUGUUAAUUUGUGUUGGUGGCAUCGUGUUUUCUUUUGUUAGAUAAGUACAUCUUUUACACAACGGUGUCUUUUAAUGCACUGCUAUUAAAUGCACCAUGUUUUAUACAAAA